AUGUUUUUUUUUAUUCAGAUGGCCUAUUGGAUACUUCUCUCAGACUGCCUUCUCGCUCGGUCGUUCCCCUUAAGUGACUUCAGGGCCAUAACACAGUCGCACGUCGAAUGCCGGUCAGAUUCGAGGUUCUAUGCUCCAAGUGACGUGACGGAGGCGUGCAUCACCACGGCGCUGGACUGCGUGAUGAGAGAACUCAAUGGGACGGUCAAGGAGGAGUGCGACGACUCCGAGCAGGACAUACUGGACGCAGUCGAGUCCUUGAAUCACGUGAUCAACCGCCGGACGACGGCCGGCCACGCACGGACAGAUUCCAACGAGUGCACCUGUGAGAGAUGGCCUCUAGCUUCUUACGCUGUGUUUAAGAAAAAUACGUUAAAUUUACUUCAAAUGACAAACACCAUGGGUUAA